GCUCUCCCCGGAGCCGCGGGACCGGGAGGCGGUCCGGAGGCGGAGCCUCGGCCGCACCAAGUCCUGCGUGCCGCUCUGCGCCGCCUCUCGCCGGGCCGCCGCUCUCAGCCCGAGGAACCGGGUCAGGCCGCGCCGCCCAUGGUGCUGCUCGAGAGAGCCAUGGCCACUUUCCGCUUGGCCCUCAUCCAACUUCAGGUUUCGUCCGUCAAAUCAGAUAACCUCACUCGAGCUUGUGGCCUUGUGCGGGAGGCAGCAACACAAGGAGCCAAAAUAGUUUCUCUGCCAGAAUGCUUUAAUUGUCCAUAUGGCACGAAAUAUUUUCCCCAAUAUGCUGAGAAAAUUCCUGGUGAAUCUACACAGAAGCUUUCUGAAGUAGCAAAGGAGUGCAGCAUAUAUCUCAUUGGAGGUUCUGUUCCUGAAGAGGAUGCUGGGAAAUUCUAUAACACCUGUGCUGUGUUUGGGCCUGAUGGAACUUUACUGAUAAAAUACAGAAAGCUCCAUCUGUUUGAUAUUGACGUUCCGGGGAAAAUUACAUUUCACGAAUCUGAAACAUUGAGUCCCGGUGAUAGUUUCUCCACAUUUGAUACUCCUUACUGCCGAGUGGGCCUGGGCAUUUGCUACGACAUCCGCUUCGCAGAGCUCGCACAAAUCUAUGCGCAGAGAGGCUGCCAGCUGUUGGUAUAUCCUGGAGCUUUUAAUUUGACCACUGGACCAGCCCACUGGGAGUUGCUUCAACGAGGCCGGGCUGUUGAUAAUCAGGUAUAUGUGGCCACGGCAUCUCCUGCCCGGGAUGAUCAGGCCUCCUAUGUUGCCUGGGGACACAGCACUGUUGUGAGUCCUUGGGGAGAUGUCCUUGCCAAGGCUGGCACUGAAGAGACCAUCGUGUAUUCAGACAUAGACCUGAAGAGGUUGGCUGAAAUACGCCAGCAAAUCCCCAUUUUUAGCCAGAAGCGAUCAGACCUUUAUGCAGUGGAGGUGAAAAAGCCCUGAGGUUUAUGCUUCUAACAUGUCAUGAAAAACAGGAUGAUGUUUCUGCAAUGUAAUCAACUCCCUGUUGAAUUCUUUAAGGAGAUUUUUUUUUUUUUCUAAUUUCAGACUUUUCCUUUGUUGGGAACUCUCUAUUGAGAUGAUGGAGCAUUAACACAUGAUAUUUUUCACACCAUAUUAAUAGUUAAAAAGGGCUCAGACUAGCCUUGCGAGCAGAAGGAAAAGGAGAUGGCUAUAACUCCCAUACUAAGUUGCUUCAUAGCAGUUGGUGAAAGUAUCAGAUCUUGGUAUCCUGGUGGUUGCUUCACCUGGUACCCAUAGAUUUAUGUCACAUACCGCUUAUCUCACUGCUGGGGUUAGAAUCCAUUACGUAGAAGAUUUGGUCUGGUGCCACUCUCUUUUGAAUAGGACGUUGAAGUUUAUAUUUUUAGUCUGUGAGUAGCUAUGGAAAGCAAGGUUAUUGACCCUUGGUGUUUGCUAGAGGAGAUGGUAGCCCCAUCCCUUCCCGGCAGCCUUGGGGCUCUUCAAAUUCAAGAAGGAGCCAAUGAAUCAACCCCAGAUCCUCCUGGUCUUAGAGAAAAGGUAGUAUCAACAGGGAGUCCUGUGGAAGAAUGGCAGCAGUGGCAUUUGGUCAAGGCAACUAAAGUAUGAGUCUCUAAAAGAUUUUCUUGAUGGGGUGAGUGUCUGAAAAUAUCUUUGUCUUUUUGCUUUUCUCCCUAGUAACACUUUCUAGCUUGAUGAAGGCAAGCUAGUGGUUUUAGCCUAGUGGUUUUCAGAAUCCUUUUGCACAAUUAAAAAUUAAGGAUUCCAAUGAACUUUGAACAUAAAAGUUACAGUUGGUGGUGGGCUAAUAAACAUUUAACAACCAGCUGUCCCCCCCCCCCCCCAAAAAGGCCCUGAUUUUGCAGUAGUUGCAGUAGUAUUUGCCAAUUUCCUUGGUAUAAAUACUUUCACUGUGGCCAAGUACAGACUAUCAACAUGACCCCUCUAAACACAGAGUUGGAAAUAGAUGCACAGUGGGUACUUGUGAGCUGGUGUAAUCCUGCUCUAGCACACCACUGUUUACAUAUGUAGAGAUAUUUAUCAUCCUGGAAAAUAAAACAAAACCUUACAAUAAUACACAAGCACACAUUCUGUUAGCUAUAAGAGUGAUGAUAUCAUCAUGUGUCAUUUAACCCUUGGGAAUCGGCAUUGUAUACCCAGAGGAGUACAGGAGUGAAAAAGGCAAAUGACGUUUUAAAAUUAAGUCUACAAUUUGGUAAAAUUUGACACAUGUAUACAUCCAUGAAAGCGCUCUCAUCAAGAUAAUGAACCCUCCCCUGGUGUUUUCUUAAGCUGUUUUGUAAUCCCUUCAGCCACUCUUCUCCUCCCCAGGCAAUCACUGAUCAGCUUUGUCACUGUAGAUUAGUGUGAAUUUUCUAUAAUAACCCAAAAGUGGAAUCAUGCCAUAUGUAUACUUUUUUACAUCUUCUUUCACUCAUCGUAAUUACUAGGGGACUCAUUCCUGUGUGUAUCACUCAUUUCUUUUUUAUUGCUGAAUGGUAGUCCACUGUAUUCAUCUGUUCACCUGUUGAUAGACAUUCGACUUUUUAGUUUUUGGCUAUUAGAAAUAAAGCUGCUAGAAAACA